AUGCCGUUGUCUGGCCGGUUUGUUGAAGAUCUAACAAACUGCUACCGUAGUGCCGUAGACGAGUACAGCCAGCGACGUUCACGGGUGGGAGGACUGCAGAUAUGUUCACUACAUUCAACAGUUGCUUCCCCUACUGACAACACGCCUUGCCAGCGCGUCAGUAUAUGGCAAAAAACCCUCAUGACAAUUAUGGAAAGACAACUUAAAGGAGGCCGUAAAGCCCAUGGCCGUAACGGGCGCAACACUCAGAGUUGCAAAUUGACCAGUAAACGCAUCGAAGAGGAUUCUUUUGAUGAAGUUUUGCAGUCAAAGCCAAAUGGAAGCUGUAAGAUGGAGGGAUGCAAUAAAACUGGCCAAAAAUCUGAACUAAAUAUUUGUACAUACAAUGUUAGAACCUUGAGAACCGAGGAAAGUUUAGAAAGUUUGUUGGAUGAACUAGAGGGAUUCAAAUGGGACGUCAUCGGGCUCGCUGAAACGAAGAGACGAGGAGAAGGAUUGACAGAACUUAAAGGAGGCACAUGGCUCUACAACAGGGGAAAAACAGAGGAUGACAAAAAUGCAAAAGGAACUGGAUUUUUAAUCCAUAACAAAUUUAAGGACUAUGUGAAAGAAGUUAAAAGCUAUUCAAACAGGGUAGCAGCCAUGAAAAUACAAUUGACGGGAAAGGAUGAAAUGUGCAUCAUACAAGUUUAUGCACCCACAAGUGAUUAUGAUGAUAUAACAGUGGAGGAAUUCUAUGAAGAUAUCAACAAGGCCAUUACAGACAAUUCCGGUACCUACACAGUACUUAUGGGUGACUUCAACGCGAAAAUCGGACAACGUGAAAAAGGGGAAGAAAAUAUCAUGGGAUCAUUUAGCUACGGAGAAAGAAACAGGAGAGGUGAAAGGAUGAUAGAAUUUGCAAUGGAACAUAAACUUAAAGUGACCAAUACAUACUUUAAGAAACACAAGAGUCGUUACUGGACCUGGAAGAGUCCAAAUGGAGUUACUAAAAACCAGAUAGAUUUCAUACUUAGUAACCAGCGAGGGAUAAUCAAGAACUGUGAAGUCAUCACCAAUGUAGAUAUUGCAAGUGAUCAUAGAAUGGUAAGAGUCAAUAUAAGCAUCAACAACAAACUAGCUAGGCUUAGAUUCAUUCAAAAUAAGAGGAAAACACGGAUUAACAUCAUGAAGCUGAAGGAAAAGAAAGAAGAAUUCCAACUAAAGCUUCACAACCGCUUUGAUGGAUUAGAGUUGGAGGAUAUGGACAUUGAUGAGCGAUGCGAUAUGGUGACAUCAGCAAUGCUAGAAGAAGCCAAAUCUGUAGACCCAACUGAGAAAAGAAAGAUAAAAGGUGACAAAGCUGAUGUCAAAAACUAUCGCCCUAUCAGCCUUCUAUCUCAUCUGUACACGAUCUUCACCAAAGUAAUCCAAAAUAGAAUCAAAGAUAGAUUGGACUCAAAUCAACCCAGAGAACAAGCAGGGUUUAGAGCUGGAUUCUCAACAACAGACCACCUACAAGCUAUAAAUCAACUAAUUGAGAAGGCAAAUGAGUACCAACUUCAACUAUGCCUCGGAUUCGUAGACUACCAGAAGGCGUUUGAUUCCAUCGAACACACAGACAUGUUUGAUGCCCUACGAAAGAUUAACAUUGAAGGAGGGUAUGUGCGCAUCCUGGAAGAUAUUUACACCAACGCAGUAGCCAGAAUUCACAUUGAUAAUGAUGUAUCAAAGGAGGUCAAGAUCCAGAGGAGAGUCCGACAGGGAGACACAUUAUCUCCAAAGAUAUUCACAGCCACUAUAGAGGAAGUAUUUAAAAAGUCGCGUUUAAAUGGAGGAAUAAACAUUGAUGGGGAAACGCUUACUGAUCUAAGAUUUGCUGAUGAUGUGGCCUUGAUCUCAACAUCAACCAAAGACUUGGAAGACCAGCUGACAGGUCUCAACAGGGAGAGCAAACAUAUUGGCCUAACUAUGCACAAAGAGAAAACUAAAUAUAUGACUAAUUAUGACACAGAUGAAAACAUCGAGAUAGAAGGUCGAACGUUAGAGAGAGUGAGCAGUUACAAGUAUCUGGGACAAACUUUGAAAAUGGAGGACACCACAAAAGAAGAAGUUAUGAUGAGAGUAAAAGCAGGAUAG